AUGGGAGAAAAACAUCACGUUUCCAUAAUCAAAAUGGCCGACGAGAAAAAUUUAGAAACAUGGCCGGGAACUACUGCAGAAAUGGAACAUUUUUCGAAGGCUGGUGAUGGUAUGAAAGCAACGACACUUAUGGAGAAUAAAGAGGAGAAGGAUUCAUCAGUGGCCAAUGGCAAUGAACAGUCAGUCGAGGAAACUAAUACUGCUGGAGAGGUUAAGGAGGAAAAAGAACACAAUAAUGAUGUAAUGCCAUCAAACAUGGAAUAUACUGAAGAAAAGCCAACCAAGGAAAAGUCAGAAGAAAACCUGGGAUCAACAAAAGAAGGUCAUGGUGCGACAGUUGCAAAACAUUAUAAUGAACACAAAGAGAACACUCGUGAGGAGAGAAAAACCUCACCAAUUUUUUAUCUCAGAAAUUUCAAUAACUGGGUGAAAAGUGUCUUGAUCAAUGAAUUCGUAGAAAAGUACAAAAGAAAUGCUUACCAUAAGCUUUCUGUAUUGGAUCUUGCUUGUGGUAAAGGUGGAGAUCUGUUAAAAUGGCAAAAGGCCAGAAUAUCAAAUCUGGUUUGUGCAGAUAUUGCAGAAGUGUCUGUGAGACAAUGUCAAAACAGAUAUAGUGAUACAAAACAUGGUCGAAACAAUCGACGAUACAACUCAAAUCAGAGGAUAUUUGAUGCUCAGUUCAUCACAGCAGACUGUACCAAGCAAAAAAUCAGUGAAAAGUUUAAUAAUCGCAAUCGAAAUGUGGAGUUUGAUAUGACCAGCUGUCAGUUUGCCCUCCAUUAUGCUUUCGAGUCCGUGGAGCAAGCGGAAAAGAUGUUAGAAAAUGCCUGCGAAAGACUCAAGCCAGGCGCAUUCUUUAUCGGAACCUUGCCUUGUUCAAAUGAAAUCAUCAAGAGACUUCGCGAGUCUAAAGGCAUGUCGUUUGGAAAUAGCUGUUACAACAUCUCGUUCACAGAAAAGGAGAAUUUUUCGUUAUUUGGUCAUAAAUAUAAUUUUCAUCUCGAGGGAGUCGUCGACUGUCCAGAGUUUCUUGUACACUUUCCCUUACUUGAAAAAAUGGUGGAAAAGUUUGGUUUGACUUUAGAACUUGCUCAAGGAUUUCAUCAAUUUUUCGAAAUUCAUAAGAACCACCCAGAUUAUAAAUUUCUUUUGAACAGAAUGAACGCGUUGGAGACAUACCCUGCUAGAUCAGGUGAGAAACUGCUAUCUGAAAGUGAGGAUGCAUAUACCGAAGUUAAAGAAGCCUUUGCAAAAAUUGACGAUGCUGGGAAGCAAAAUAUUUUGGGACAUUGAGUAAAGACGAAUGGGAGGCCGCAGGACUUUACAUGGUCUUUGCGUUUAAGAAAUCGGAAAAACCAACGCCAGCUCAAAAAGAUAUUAGACAACCGUCAAACACGAUUGACGACGUUAAAAAAGAUGUUGAUAUGGGAGAAGAAGCGUGAAAGUACAACCGACGCUGAAAAAAGUCAUUUGAACACGGACGUUAGCGUGGGAAUGGAAGAACAGGUUAAAGAAGGUGAAAAUUGUGGAGAGAACGGAAAGUUAUCUGACAAAUCACUGGAUACCUUUGACAAGAAAAUUGAACGCGGCGAGAAAAAUGGAGAUGCUGAUAAAACAGACGACUUUAUAGAUAGUUCUUCUAAAGAGGGUGAGAAUGAAACUGCCAUUGAGGAUGAAUCGACCAAAGUGGCUGUAACUAGUAAAGAUAGCCAUGACAACGAAGUAGGUGACGUGAAAAUAGAUACCAAACACGAAGAUGAAAGACAACCAUCCUUGGAGACAGUCAAUGAAAAGGCUGAUGAUCUCGUUCAAGCAAAACGAGAAACUAGAAAAAGGAAGUCCAUUGGAGGCGAUGAUGAUGAUGAUACAGAACCGCCACCGGAGAAAAAGAAAGCGUAAACAUUCAACACAAACUUUCCACACAUUUUACACCUCAAGACAAUACAACAUUGUUUCGUUGCGACGAGAAAGUCGCCCUAGUGAAAAAGGAUCACGACAUAUUGUCAUUAGCACAACUUUAGUAUGACACAAAUGUAGAGUAACGUACAAUUGUUUUAUACAGCCUUACGAAGGUGUUUCAUUAAUAAAACCUAUUUGUUUUGCAA